AUGGUUUCUGACUCAGGAACCGUGGCUCUUGCCGUGACAAUCCCUGUUGCUUUUGUGUUGAUAGUUGUCAUUCUGGCUUACAGUUUCUCCCGCAAAAGUAUGAAAAAAGACGAUCAGAUGAUUCAAAAUAAGUUGGAGAAUAUUGACUUGGAAGCCGAUCUAACUUUUGAUAAUUAUCAACAAUUAGCCGGCCCUCAGUCGCCUUUAGAAAAAAAUCAUGGUUUCAAUACCACCAACGGAAACAAUGUCGACGCAGUUCCUCAAGCUCCAGCCGACUUGAAGAAAUCAAAAUCUCGUUAUAGAACUUAUAGCUACCAUCCAGCCAUGAGAGGCCAGAACGAUAUUAAUCUUAAUAGUCUCAAUCUCAAUAGCAACAAAGAACUGAAACCUGCACUGACUCCAGAAACUGAUUAUUCAUCAUCUACAAAUGCCACCAAUCCCAACUCAAAUACUCUUCCUCCUUCAUUUGUCAACCGCUCCAACUCAGACUUUGGCAACGGCUCUUCAAGUACUAUAGUCAAUGGAACUUUCCCACCACAUGUGAAGCGUAAUUCUGAACAGUUAUUGCAAAAUUAUUUUGAGGGUAUUGUACCGGUACUAGGAUCAGAAACCACCAAAGCACGCAACUCAAGUGAUGAUUCGCAAGUGCUAGUACCUCCUCCCCCUGCCGUUGUUAGAAGUGAUAGUGUUAACGACUCUAGAUCAUCCAGUAAAUCCAACUCGGAAUCGCAUACCGACGAUGGCAGUUCCGGUACAAAGAAACAGCUGAAAGCAAAAACAAUCUUCAAGAGACCUACCUCGUUUAUUGGAAAUUCAAAGAGUAGUGUUAUAAAGGAGAAUGCUAGUAGUUCAGAUGUCGGAUCGCAAAACUCUAAGGCCAAUAACGAUCAUAAUGAUAAAGUUAAUAGUGGUUUGAACAAAAAUAAUGUUGGAGAAAACUCCCUGGACUCAAUAAAUCAACAAUACUUCAUUCGCUCGUUGAAGAAAAAUGCCCGGGAGCUGCAUGAUUUCACUAUGCCUAUCCCAGGAAGUGCAAGAACUAGUCAUCUUAUCGAUAGAAAAUCUCCAUUAGCUUCUGUCGAAAUGAGAAAACUGGGUUCCCACGGAUCAUUCACAGACAAUUCAUCUAAGCAAGGCAGUAAUACCAAAUUGUCUAAAAUGGUCAACUACAAUUAUCAUUCUGGUCAUGCAAACGAUUCUUCUAAUGAUUUUUUGCCUCCAAGGCAUCCAGCAAUGCUUAAAACCAGAAACAAUAGUAUCUCCACGGAUAAUAGUGCUGGCCAUGUUGAACCAUCUGGAGACGCUGGGUUCUAUUUUGAAAGUGAGGCCGAAGCUAGUGAAUUAGAUUAUGGAAAGGAAAACAUAAAUAUGGAGCAAGGGUAUCCUGAUGUUGAAGUCUCUAAAGACCAAAAAAUCUCACCACCUAGCAAUUAUAGCCAAAGCGUGGCUAGUAACACCACUGGAACUACUGGUGGGAAUCCAUUUGAAGGUUAA